UAAAUAUUGGUUUCUAUUGUGAAAAAAGUAUAUAUUUAAAAAUACAUAAAUAAGAAAAUACAUAAAGAAUAGACACUACAAAUGUGUGGUUACUUUUGGGUAUGACUGAUCAAGUCAACAGUAGAGUUCAAGUGUAUUUAAUACCAUCUAACCCAGGAGUCUCUGAAGAUACAGCUGAAGAAGUGGUCUUAUCAGAAGAUAUUGCUCAGGAAACUGUUGUUGUAACAACCACGGAUGAAGAGAGCGUUUGUGGUGAUUAUGUAGAGUCCCAUGUUGUACCUAUUGGAGAUCUUGAUGUUCUUAACACUAUAGAAUUAUCUUGUGACGAAAAUUUUCAGCCAUCUUUGGAAGAUCCUUCACCCAUCACACCAUCUGAACUGAGAGAUGGAUGUGAGGAGUCUUUUGUACAAUCAUACAUAGCACUUGUUCCUGAUAAUGGGUUGAAGCCAGACACUGACCCAGAAAGCUGCCAUUUGACAGUUAAAGAACAUACAAAACGAGAAAAGGAUAAGAUAUACAAAAGGGAGCAGAGGGCUAACAAAGAAUACAGGGAACAGGAAAAAAUAGUAGCCAAACAAAGAAUGAAAGACAGAAGGAAGGACCCAGAGUACAGAGAGAGAGAAAGGAAACGGGAUGCAGAGAGAAAAAGACUUGCCCGAUUAAACAAUAAAGAAUUCAGACAGAAAGAAAAAGAACGUGACAGACAAUACAAAAGGAGCCUGAGGAAAAAAGCUGAUGCCAAAAUUCAAAUUGAACUGACAAACCGAGCGGAUUGUGAUAAUUCCCCCAGUCUUAACAGUGCCAGUGCUUCGGACAACUUAACAGUAGGGAACUGUUUUACAGUGUUAGAUUGGGCGGGGAUUGGAGACGGUGAUGUUGAUGAUAAAUUAGAUAAUUCAGUGGAGGAAUCAGAAGUGACAGACUAUCAUGUAUAUGGCCAAGUGUCAAUUUGAAAAAAAAAAACAACAAACGAAUUUUUCCGUCACAUAGUGCAGCUAUACUAAUCUCAACACUGGAUUUUAAAUUAAUAUGUCAUUGUUAAGAUUUCAGUGAAACAAAAUACAAUGUUUUGAUUUUA